AUGGGCAUUGGAAGCCCUUUAGCAGGGACUAGAAAUAUUUGGCCUCCUGUAUCUUUCGAGGGUGGUGAACCCAUUGAUGAGAUCAAAGAUUUGCCUGUGUUAAUUCAGCUUCGACUUCUAGAUCAGAAAGAUCCAAGUACUAAGCUUUGGUGUGCAACUGGAGUGUGUCCUGUGGACCCUGCAAGCAAAAUAAAAAAAAGUGAAAGUUUUCCCAGCUUAGUAUGGAUCUGUUCGGGUACCCAUUCAGUCAGUGAAAUCAUGGUCAUUAAUGCCAGCUCUGCAAACCAUGUUAUGGAUCAGUUUGUGAUUGCAAAUGCCCAUGUUCUUUGUGUCACAAGUGUUCCCGCUUUCAAUCUGGAUUCCUUAGAAGCGCAAGAAUCUGAAGAUGAAGAGAGCAUUGACUACAACAUGAAAGGUGCCACUGUCUGGCUAGGGGCACAGGAAGGCAGUUUAUUUGUGCAUUCAGCAUUUACCAGUUGGAGAAAUUGCUUACAGAAGAUUCAGCUAAAGGAUUCCAUUCAUAGUAUUACGCAUGUCAACGAUCGUGUCAUUGCUACAAUGGGUGAUGGCACACUUGCAAUUUUCAGUAGAAAAACUGAUAGGAACUGGGACCUAGAGAAUCCAAAAGUUGUUGACCUUGGGAGACCUCAACAAACCAUCCGUUGCUCUGUAGCUGUUCUAAAUGAAGUGUGGUGUGGUUACAGGAAUAGGAUAUAUGUUGUAGAGCCUCGGACUGCCAAAAUCAAAAAAUGGUUUGAAACAACAACUCGCCCAGAAAGCCAAGUGCGACACCUGGCAACAGCUGGAGAAGGUGUGUGGGUUUCUGUUCGCCUAGAUUCUACCCUGCGCUUGUUCCAUGCAGAGACUGGACAGCUUCUGCAAGAAGUAGAAUUGGAUCCCUUCAUUCAGAAGAUGUUUGGGUUCGUGAACUUGGGCUUCUUCAUGACAAAAGUUUCUUCCAUGGCAGUGUUUUGCAACCGUUUGUGGGUUGGAACAGCAAGUGGCCUAAUUCUUUCUUUCCCAUUUUCUAGUGGAUUAUGCAGUGAAAGUACUGCGAAAGAAUCUGAACCUGAGAGAGGUCCAUAUUGCUCAUUGGAGCAUGCACAAGUCUCUUUUCAUGGUCACAGAGAUGCUGUAAAGUUUUUUGCAUGUGUUCCAGCUUGCAUCAACACAUCUUCACUGGGAGGAGAAGGUAAAAACACAGGAAACUUCAAUAUGUUGGUGAUGAGUGGAGGAGAAGGAUACAUUAACUUCAGGAUAGGAGAUGAAACUGGAGAUACAUGUGAAGAUUAUGGAGAACUUCUCAUGGCAAACCCAAGGAGCAGGAAAUCUGAACGAAGUCAUCUCAUAGUAUGGCAGUUGCAGAUCUGAAAAUAGAAGAUCAUCUCAUCAUUGGUGUUGGGGCAUUUUCUAGAUGAAAUUACUGUAAUUCUCUAUUGAUUUCUCCAAAGCUGACAGAAUGUACAAUAGUUGUGUGUGUCUUCUGGGGGUAUAUUUUUCAAUUCCGCUCAGUAUUUAAUCUUACAGCAAUAUGAACAGUUUGGAGCUGUGGACUACGUUCAAGCUGAGUGUUUAUAAAUCAACUUCUAAUUGUAUCUAUCCUGGUGGCACUGGAAAUUUUCAUGCACAGGAAGGAAUUCUUCAGUGUUAACAUUUUUUAUGCGUUUUUUUGCGGGUUUUGAAAUAGUGUUCUCAUUUAGCUCUCAGGUUGCUAAGCACAGGGAUGGUUUCUUCGAUUGUGUGAUGCCACAGUGCAUCAAAUGUAUCAGUUGUCCAACUGACUAAAACACUGGUAUUAUGAUUCUGCAGAUAUAUUCUUUAGAACAAACGGACAUAUUACAAUUAAUUUAUUUUGUACAUAAUCUAGGUGGAUUAUGUGCUCUUUGUUGAAGGGGAACUCUAAGCACCAUUUUACUGUAUUCCAUUGUAAUGUUUGUCAAACAGUUUAUGAGCAGUUUUACUAAAACCUGAGGUCCCUAAGGGGCUCUAUACCUUGCCCCCUUGUUGCCUAUUGUUUAAUGCUAAACUGGGUACUCUCAAUUGAACUGUUAUGCAAAAAUGGACAACAUGUAUAUGUAUUGCUAGAAGUGGAACUGACUCAUUUGCAAAAGGCAAGCAGGGUGCCUCGUGAAUCCCUAGUUUUUGAUAAAUCUCCAAACCACUCCAAAAAAAAAAAGUUUGAUUGAGAACCGGGGAACAGCUCUAACAGCAUUAUAGUCACUACAAUCUUAUGUAGUAAUUAUGGUGCUUAGACUGACCCUCUGCAUGUUUGUACUUGGAAAGCUUACCUUGGCAGUGAUAGUGCUGGUGAAAAUGUAAUCCAACUAUCUGGUACUGAAUGUUUAAUAACUAAACUGUUUACAGAUAAAAAAAGGGGAAAUAUAAGAUUGUAUUUCAACUCAGUGCUCACUUAUUUUGCCUUUGCAUCUACCAGCACAGUAAAUAGCAACUAUUUACUUAAAUAUAGCCAAUGUGAAAAUGAAAUCACUUUAAAAUGAAAUGUAUUUCACUGUAUCUUAUUUUUUCAUCAUAAAUGUAAAAUAAAGUUAAAUCAGUUCAAGGUGUAUUGUUUGAAGGUGCGUAAACAUUAUAUACAUUUAAAGCAAUGUAUAAUGGACACAGGGAGAGACACGUAUUUAUCUCCUGCAAAAAUUAGUCCAAGCAACUGUGGGGAUGUUUGUUUUGUUUUUUAAAUGUGUACCUUUGGGUAUUUUUCAUACAGGUUCAAAGCUUUAAUACAUUUUCUUGUUAAUUUUAAUUAUUGGUUCUGUUUUACGUGUUG